ACCGAACUAUCACGUGUGCCCACAUGCCACAUACUGUAUGUCGUUCAUAUCGUUCGAUUUUUGCGGUACUCUGAUAAUCGCAGAGGAAAGGGUUCAGCAACAGGAUUCACCUAAUUUCGUUGGAUGUUUUAUUUUAUGGUGUUUUAAGGUUUAAAUUAGUAUAUAUUCCGUUUUUUCAAGGCCAGAAUGUCUCGUCCGCGAUCUCUCCCCAUUUCUGCACCCCGCUCGUGACGCUGUGCGGGUUUACCCCCCGGUUGACGUCAGCGGCGUGGCCGCCUUCGUAGUAAGGAAGCGCCGACCGUUCAUUGAAAAAGCGGAUUUAAAAUCACUUUUCCACUUUAUAUAUAUCCAGGGACCGAUGACUAGACGCGGGAAAUAAAGCAGCGUGAAAGGAAAAUAUAUCUUACGGGAGUUUACAGUUUAACGGGUGUGAGACUGAACGGGCGCUGACUCCGGGCUCCGCCUGGACGAUGAGGGACAGUGGCGGCAGCUUAGCGCAGGACCGCUGGCGGAGUGAGCUGACCCUGAGCCAGGGACAGGAGGACGUCAAAGGGGGGCACCUCUUGGCUCUUGGCCCUACCUGCGCUGUCCCCAGUUCCUUGCAGCUCAAACUAGGUCGGCUAGAGCAGGAGGAGAUCUGGACAGCCACAAGCACGGAGGAGGAGGAGGGUGAAGAAGAGCAGGAUGGAGAUAGUGAAGAAGAUGAAGGUGUUAAGGAGGAGGGCUGGCAGGUGCCCCUACAUCAUUUUCAGGGCAGGCAGCGGCUGCUCAGGUGCGCAGCCCUGCGCUCGGGUCUGGCCCUGCAGUGGAGGAUAUGGCGCCAGCGAGCCCAGAGGGCGAGGACAGCAGCUCGGCGCCGGGCCAGGGGGCGCCAGAGAGCCAGACUGGGGGAAGUAGAGGAGGCGCUGCUGAACGGGGACAAUCAGUUAAGCGAUAAAUGGCCCUCUGACGUCAACGGCUUUGCUAACCUGCCAUGGUGUGCAAACUCCCCAGAGGGCUCCGAGGGUCACUUGUCACCCCCUGAUGUCCAGAGCCCCCUGCGGGACAGGGACUUUCCCCAAAAUCAGCUAACAGACAAACAUAUUGCCUGUGUCCAAGGCCUCCUGAACGAGUUCCUGCAGCAGUACGGGAGCCUGAUCCCCAUCCACGUGGACGAAGUGGUGGAGAAGCUGCAGGAGAUAUUCAGUGAGAGCUUCUUGCAGCCCUACAGGAAGGUGGCAGUGCAGCAUGUGAUUCAGUCCUACCAGCGCCUAUCCGGCACGGCCAUGGUCCGAGGGUUCCGAGUCACCUACAAACGCCACGUGCUCACCAUGGAUGACCUCAGCACGCUGUACGGUCAGAACUGGCUGAAUGAUCAGGUCAUGAACAUGUACGGCGACCUGGUGAUGGACUCGACGCCCGAGAAGGUUCAUUUCUUCAACAGUUUCUUUUACGACAAGCUGAGAACAAACGGCUACGAUGGGGUCAAACGGUGGACAAAAAACGUGGACAUCUUCCGGAAGGAUCUGCUGCUGAUGCCCAUCCACCUGGAGGUGCACUGGUCGCUGGUCUGCGUGGACGUUCCUCGCCGCACCAUCACCUACUUCGACUCCCAGCGCACCCUGAACCGACGCUGUCCCAAGCACAUCGCCAAGUACCUGCAGGCUGAGGCUGUCAGGAAGGGGAGGUGGGACUUCCUCCAUGGCUGGAAGGGCUUUUUCAAAAUGAACGUUUCCCGGCAGAACAACGACAGCGACUGCGGGGCCUUCGUUCUCCAGUACUGUAAGUGCCUGGCGCUAGGGCAGCUGUUCAGUUUCGGACAGCAGGACAUGCCCAGGUUGAGGAGGCUCAUGUACAAAGAACUGUGUCACUGUAAGCUGCUGCCAUGAGUCGGAAAGGGAGAGGAGGUGAGGCCAGAAGACAAUCAGAGGAGGAGACCUCCAUCGGCCCUGGUGCUCCUUUGUCAUCCACAGCCAGAGACUCUCCAUUCUGCAUAUUUCCUCCCCUCGUUAAAUAUCCCUCGCCUUCCCUUAUGCCUUUAUCAUGUUUCCUCAUCGACUGAGGCCAACUGCAUCCAGCGGGUGAGCUGUCUCCAGGCAGCACAGACCCCUGAGCUGUCAGUGUUGCCCAUUGACACAUAGAUGCAGAUGCUUCAUGUCAGUAACAUUCGCUGAUGAGCUAUGUGCAGUGGGAGAACUCUGAUUCAUUAAGCGAGCAUUUUCUGUGGACCUGAGCGGUCACAUACUGUGUUAUUUCUGUUUGUUCUUUAAUGGCUGAAAUAUCUAAGUUAUACAUUGUUAUAUACGAAAAAGUACUAAAAAUGGAGUAUAAUCUUGUUUAUAUCUUAUAUGUUGUAGUACAAGAUUACAAAUAAAUCAUUGAAUUGAAAAAGCAAUAAA